AACGGAAAGUGAAAAUGGGUGUAAAAAGCAAAGAGAACGAAGAUGGUUCGUCCACUGUUGUUUGUUCGAAGAAUCUUUCUCUGCUCGAGACUUAACAAAAAGAAUGCCAAAGAGUGAAGGGACGGCGCCUGUGAUGCGAUUCCAUUUGCCGCCUAUUGUGUAGCCUGGCCUGUCAUAUGAUCGUCACUAUCAUAUUCUUCAUCAUCUUCCUCCUUUCAAGUUGUGCAGUUAUACCUUUUACUUUAUUUGGAUUCCCAGAACCGACAUCUUACCGAAACCACUUCAAAUAACCCACUCAAUCAAUCAGCGCAAGUGUAAGAUAAACACCCGUGUAACCCCUGCCACUACCCACGCCAUGAGUUCGAACAAUAACAGCAAUCCUUACAUCCGUCUUUCCUUUCAUUAUGCGUCUUAUGGGAGACCGAUUGGUACAAUCUGCGAGAUGUUGAACAGGUACGGGAAAAGGGUUGAAGAUGCCACACGAAAAGCAGAGGUUUUUGCUGAUAACAUCUGGAAUCACCUCAAGGUCAGUCCCAGCCUCGGCGAUGCAGCAAUGGCAAGGCUUGCUCAAGGAACCAAAGUGCUGGCUGAAGGAGGGCAUGAGAAGUUGUUCCAACAAGAGUUUCAGAUAUUGCCUGGAGAGAAGCUCGUAAAGGCAUUUGUGUGCUAUCUGUCAACUUCCACUGGACCAGUGAUUGGGACACUUUAUAUAUCAACUAAAAGAAUGACGUUUUGCAGUGAUUAUUCCUUCUGUCAUUACACUUCCCUGGGACAACAGCAGUGGAUGUAUUACAAGGUGGUGGUGGGUCUUGAUCAGCUGGGGACAGUGAAUCCGUCUACUAAUAGAUUGAACCCUUCUGAAAAGUACAUCCAUAUUGUCACCAGAGAUGGCUAUGAAUUCUGGUUUAUGGGGUUCAUAUCUUACGACAAGGCACUCAAGACUUUAACUGAAACUUUGCAGCACCACCGGGAUUAUUCUGCAGGAAUUGUUCAAGUCCAAGUGCAUGACGGUUCUGUUAAUUCCACUCAAAAUCCCAAUCACUAAAAUGAUUAAAAUGCAUCUGUGAAUAUGUUAUAUGUAAUAAAAAUUUUCUGUUACUGAGUUGGCAUUUUGUUUAGAUAUAUCUAGUUUGCUUUAUAUGAUAAAAAUAAACACAGAAGCGUUGAGUGUCUCUGAGCUAUGAUUUUACUUUUGGUUCGUGCUGUAUAUGGCUUGGUUUUGUUAUGAGACUACUAAUUUCUCUUUA